UCUCUCAGCUCCUACGCAAUCAACAUGAGACUGAUCCUCCUAGUGGGCGCCCUUGUGGCUGUGGCCUCCGCCGCCCCCCGCCCCGACUCUCCUCCCGUCUACGGCGCUCCUCCUCCGACCUACAAGCAGCCAGGAAUGCCCUUCGAGUUCGCCUACGCCGUCCAGGAUGACUACUCAGGCAACAACUACGCCCAUCAGGAGACCAGCGACGGCCAAGUCACCUCCGGAUCCUACAGAGUGGCUCUUCCCGACGGCCGAACCGAGAUCGUGGAAUUCACCGCCGAUCACGACAACGGUUACGUCGCCAACGUCGCCUAUGAGGGGGAAGCCUCCUACCCCGCCCCUGCCCCCUCCUACCCCGCCCCCGCUCCCUCCUACCCUGCCCCACCACCCCCACCCACCUACGCCUAAACGCUCCACCUAAACGUAAGCAGAACCUGGACGGGACAACUCAGCGAUCGACCACAAAAUUCACACCCAAGUCAACCCCAAGCGAACGCCACUGCGUCUUGCCUCAACCUCCCGCACCCAACCUCACCAAGCACCAUUCACCAGCAACUCAUGAAGCUCUCUGACUCACCGUUUCGCUCCUGCAAGCACUCGUCCCGUCCGGCCAAGUUCCUGCUUGCUUCCCACGACUUACCGCAUCGUCGCGUCCCUCUCCAACCUUCAGCGUUCUUACUGUUAUGGGUUAUAAACAUUUUAAUAUAUUCCUUUUUAACUAGCUGUUUAAUUAUUUUUGUAAAUAAA